AAAGCAUCCAUGGCAGAUAGCUUAAAAAUCUCCAAGGGAAGGAGAAUCCACCAGCUCCCAAGGGAGACCUUUCCACUGUCGAAGAGCUCUUACUGUCGGAAAGUUCUUCCUGAGGUUUAGUCGGAACCUCCUUUAUUGUAACUUUAAGCCACUAGUUCGAGUCCUGCCCUCCAGAGCAGGAGAGAACGAGCUUGUUCCCUCUUCCAUGGGACAGCCCUUGAGAUAUUUGAAGGUGGCUAUCCUAUCUCCUCUCAGUCUUCCUCUUUCCCAUACUCAGCAUACUUCUACCACAGAAAUUUGAGAGAGUGGCCAGGAUACCUGAUAAUGUUUUACUGAUUGCAUUACCUGGGCAGUCUGUCCAUUCUUUUGAGAUGGUAAAUGCUUUUGUUCUAGAAUCCAGGUCACAGGCCACCCUUUCCUGCACAAAAAUGCCCUUAAGACAGGCAUCCCCAAACUUCAGCCCUCCAGAUGUUUUGGACUACAAUUCCCAUCAUCCCUACCACUGGUCCGCUUAGCUAGGGAUUAUGGGAGUUGUAGGCCAAAACAUCUGGAGGGCCGUAGUUUGGGGAUGCCUGAAAUAGAGGAAAUAUUUAGAGACAUUAGGGGAGCCAAGAUGGUUUUUUGGGAUUGUUUUGUGUGCUAAAAUAAUGUGUGAUUUUCUCAAGGGAAUAAUUCUUAAAAUUUGAAGGACAAAGAAGAAGAAGAGUUUGGAUUUGAUAUCCCGCUUUAUCACUACCCGAGGGAGUCUCAAAGCGGCUAACAUUCUCCUUUCCCUUCCUCCCCCACAACAAACACUCUGUGAGAUAUCAAUGACAUCUUAUAAACGAUUAAGCCGUUAUGAAGCCCAGCGAACCCCCAGCAAUGCACCGGCUCGAGUUAGGGUUUGUGUGCGAUUGCGGCCAAGCGUGGGAACAGGAGAGGGAAAGGAAGCCCCUUGUGUACGUGGCGUGGACUCCUGCUCCCUGGAGAUCCUGAACGUGAGAAAUAAUAUGGAGACAAUGAAAUACAAAUUUGACGCUUAUUACAGUGCAACGGCCACGCAGUAUGAUGUCUACAUGGGGUCAGUUCAGCCUAUCUUGCACCAUCUGCUGGAAGGGCAGAAUGCCAGCAUCUUGGCAUAUGGGCCUACCGGAGCAGGAAAGACGCACACCAUGUUGGGGAGUCCGGAGCAGCCGGGGGUGAUUCCAAGAGCAGUUCAGAAUCUCUUGCAGAUGACAAGGGAUGCUUCGGGGGAUGAGCGAAAGUACUCAGUCUCUAUGUCAUACCUGGAAAUCUACCAAGAGAAGGUCUUGGACCUCCUAGAGCCCUCCCUCCGUGACUUGCCAAUCCGGGAGGAUCAAAACCACCACAUUCUGGUGCCUGGUCUGACGGAGAGAGAAAUAACCAACUUCUCAGACUUUGAGAAACAUUUCUUGCCUGCCAGCAGCAACCGUACAGUGGCAUCCACACAGCUGAAUCAUCGCUCGAGCCGCAGUCACACUGUCCUGCUGGUGUACGUGAGCCAGACCCAGGGCUGGCCACCAUAUGCCCAGCGGGCUGCCAAGCUUUGCCUUAUCGACUUAGCCGGCUCGGAGGACAACCGGCGGACAGGCAACAGAGGGGUGCGCCUGAAGGAGAGCGGGGCCAUCAACACGUCACUCUUUGUGCUUAGCAAGGUGGUCGAUGCCCUCAACAAGGGGCUGCCUCGUGUACCCUACAGAGACAGCAAACUCACUCGCCUGCUGCAGGAUUCUUUGGGUGGAAGUGCUCACAGCCUGAUCAUUGCAAAUAUCGCCCCUGAGAGGAAGUACUACUAUGACACGCUCACAAGCCUCAACUUUGCUGCCAAAUCCAAGCAAGUGGUGAACAAACCCUUCACGCAAGAAACUCUGCUGGAUGUCGCAGCAUCGAAAAGACCAUGCCCAGCUUCUAGUGAUGCAGGCCCUGAAGCCAAGAGACCUUGUCCAGAGGAGGAACAGCCCAGCUUGGUUGAAGAGAAGCCAUUCAGUUCCCUCCUGCCAAUGGAGAAUCUUGAGCCGGCCUUGGCUGAAAAGCUGCUGCACUUGGAGGCCUUGGAAACACAGCAGGCAGGGGCAAAGAGUUGUGCGUUGCCCCUCCUCAACACCCCACGCAGGGAGCGGCUGGAAUUGCGGAGGCUGCUGGAUGAGACUCGGCGUGAGCUGGAGAGGCUUAAGAAGCAGCAGCUGGAAAUGGAAACCAAGGUUCUGCAGGACAAAAAGCAUGGACAUGGGCCAUGGGUGCCUUUCAAACACCAAGGACCAGUGGUAUUGCCCUUCAAGCAAGUGCAGCACCCGGAGAACUCUGCGAACGAAGAUAGCAUCAUCAUUGUAAAGCAAAAGAAGGGAGGUCGAAAGAAGAAGGAUUCGGCCCCUGGCUCUGAAAACAAGGUUCCCUCUAAGUGGGAGAUGGUGGUUCGGCCUGAUCUGAUGGCCCGCACCAAGGAGAACAUCCUGGCUGUCCUGAACACAGGCUCUGUGAAGGAUCUCAUGGCCCUGCACCAGAUUGGCAAGAAGAAGGCUCAUCGCAUUAUGGCCUGGAGAGGAGAGCAUGGGUCCUUUGAAAAGGUGGAGGACCUUGGGAAAGUCGACGGCAUCUCUGCCAAACAAGUAGCUUCUUUUCUGAAGGUAAAUAUCCUGACCAACAUUGGAAAUCUUGAGUAACUGGAUUGGUUCUGGAAAGCAUCUUCUCCCUACAUUAUUAUUUUUUUAAUCUAAAUUGUAUUUUAAUCAAUUGUUUUUUCUUUUAUGUUUUAUUGUAAUGGUAAUUUUAUUGAUGUCAGCCGCCAUGAGCCCAGCUCUCACUGGGGAGGCUGGGGUAUAAAUAAAAAUUUAUUCUUAUU